UUGGAAGACGUCCAGUGGACAAAGAUGUCUCAGUACUCUGGAAAGAUCACCUUCUUCGAGGGGAAAUGUUUCACCGGCAGGAAGCUGGAGGUCAGAGGUGACUGCGACAACUUCCAGGACCGUGGCUUCAUGAACAGGGUGAACUCCAUCCGGGUGGAGAGCGGCGCCUGGAUCUGCUUCGACCAUCCUGACUUCAAGGGCCAGCAGUACAUCCUGGAGCACGGCGAGUACCCAGAGUUCCAGAGGUGGAACUCCCACAACGACCACAUGGGCUCCUGCAAGCCCAUCCGCAUGCACGGCGAGCACUACCGCAUCGAGCUGUUCGAGGCCUGCAACUUCUCCGGCCAGUGCGUGGAGAUCUGCGACGACUGUCCCUUCCUGCAGAGCCGCGGCCUGUCCAAGAACUGCAUCAACUCCCUCAAGGUCUACGGAGACGGAGCCUGGGUGAUGUACGAGGAGCCCAACUUCCGAGGCCGCAUGUACAUCGUGGAGCGCGGGAACUACUGCAGCCACAACGAGUGGCAGGCCCAGAACCCCAACAUCCAGUCCAUCCGCAGGGUCGUCAACUACUUCUGA